AUGUCCACACCCUCAUCAGACUACAUGUCCACACCCUCAUCAGGCCACAUGUCCACACCCUCAUCAGGCCACAUGUCCACACCCUCAUCAGGCCACAUGUCCACACCCUCAUCAGGCUACAUGUCCACACCCUCAUCAGGCUACACGUCCACACCCUCAUCAGGCCACACGUCCACACCCUCAUCAGGCCACACGUCCACACCCUCAUCAGGCCACACGUCCACACCCUCAUCAGGCCACACGUCCACACCCACAUCAGGCUACAUGUAUAAAACCCCAUCAGGCUACACGUACACACCCCCAUCAGGCUACAUGUAUAAAACCCCAUCAGGAUACACGAAUAAAACCCCAUCAGGCUACACGUCCACACCCCCAUCAGGCUACAUGUAUAAAACCUCAUCAGGCUACAUGUAUGAAACCCCAUCAGGCUACAUGUAUAAAACCCCAUCAGGCUACAUGUAUAAAACCCCAUCAGGCUACACGUCCACACCCCCAUCAGGCUACACGUAUAAAACCCCAUCAGGCUACAUGUAUAAAACCCCAUCAGGCUACACGUCCACACCCCUAUCAGGCUACAUGUAUAAAACCCCAUCAGGCUACACGUAUAAAACCCCAUCAGGCUACACAUAUAAAACCCCAUCAGGCUACAUGUAUAAAACCCCAUCAGGCUACAUGUAUAAAACCCCAUCAGGCUACAUGUAUAAAACCCCAUCAGGCUACACAUAUAAAACCCCAUCAGGCUACAUGUAUAAAACCCCAUCAGGCUACACGAAUAAAACCCCAUCAGGCUACAUGUAUAAAACCCCAUCAGGCUACACGUAUAAAACCCCAUCAGGCUACAUGUAUAAAACCCCAUCAGGCUACAUGUAUAAAACCCCAUCAGGCUACAUGUAUAAAACCCCAUCAGGCUACAUGUAUAAAACCCCAUCAGGCUACACGUAUAAAACCCCAUCAGGCUACAUGUAUAAAACCCCAUCAGGCUACACGUACACACCCCCAUCAGGCUACAUGUAUAAAACCCCAUCAGGCUACAUGUAUAAAACCCCAUCAGGCUACAUGUAUAAAACCCCAUCAGGCUACACGUAUAAAACCCCAUCAGGCUACACGGCUACAUGUAAAACCCCAUCAGGCUACACGUCCACACCCCCAUCAGGCUACACGUAUAAAACCCCAUCAGGCUACAUGUAUAAAACCCCAUCAGGCUACAUGUAUAAAACCCCAUCAGGCUACACGUCCACACCCCCAUCAGGCUACACGUAUAAAACCCCAUCAGGCUACACGUAUAAAACCCCAUCAGGCUACACGUAUAAAACCCCAUCAGGCUACACGUAUAAAACCCCAUCAGGCUACAUGUAUAAAACCCCAUCAGGCUACACGUCCACACCCCCAUCAGGCUACACGUAUAAAACCCCAUCAGGCUACACGUAUAAAACCCCAUCAGGCUACACGUAA